AUGAGCAAGAAAAAGGCCCUUGAUUCACGGAUUGCUGCUCUUAUUCGCAAUGGUGUUGACACCAGAGAACGAAGUUUUAUAAUCAUGGUUGGAGAUCGAUCCAGGAAUCAGAUUCCUAAUCUCCACUAUUUGAUGAUGAAUGCAAAUUUGAAAAUGAAUAAAUCCAUUUUAUGGGCCUAUAAGAAAAAGCUUCUUGGUUUCACUUCCCAUAGGAAGAAGCGAGAAGACAAGAUCAAGAAGGAAAUAAAGCGUGGAAAAAGGGAGCCAAAUGAGCUCGAUCCAUUCGAAGUCUUCAUCACAAACCAGCAGAUCAGAUACGUGUAUUAUAAAGAGACCGAAAAGAUUUUAGGUAACACCUACGGUAUGGUCAUUCUGCAGGAUUUUGAAGGACUUACUCCCAACCUUAUGGCAAGGACAAUUGAAACGGUUGAAGGAGGAGGACUAGUUGUCAUGCUACUGAAGUCCAUGACAUCUCUGAAGCAAUUGUAUACAAUCACCAUGGAUAUCCAUUCCAGAUAUAGAACUGAAGCCCACAACGAUGUUGUUGCUCGUUUCAAUGAGCGGUUUUUGCUGUCGCUUGCUGAUUGCAGAAAUUGCUUGGUGUUGGACGACGAGUUGAAUGUUUUACCCGUUUCUGGCGGAAGAAACGUUAAAAGGCUUCCCCCGAAGGAUGAUGAGGAAGUGACCGAAAAAGAGCAGGAGCUGAUUGACUUGAAAAAGAGCCUUGAAGAUACUCAACCGGCGGGGGCACUGGUUGCAUUGUCCAAGACGGUUAACCAAGCGGAGGCUAUAUUGAGAUUUAUUGACUCGAUCGCCGAAAAGACUUUGAACACAACAGUGACGCUGACUGCUGGUAGAGGUCGUGGUAAAUCCGCUGCACUGGGUAUUGCCAUAGCUGCAGCCGUCGCUCAAGAUUACUCCAACAUCUUCGUUACAUCUCCGUCCCCCGAAAACCUAAAAACGUUGUUUGAAUUCAUCUUUAAAGGUUUUGAUGCCAUGGGAUACGUUGAACAUCAAGAUUAUGAUAUUAUCCAGUCGACAAAUCCAUCAUUUGCUAAGGCAAUUGUGAGAGUGGAUAUCAAAAGAUCGGGCCACAGACAGACUAUCCAAUAUAUCUCGCCUACCGACAGUCAUGUUUUGGGCCAAGCAGAGCUGUUGAUCAUUGACGAAGCAGCAGCAAUACCCCUGCCCGUGGUGAAGAAAUUACUCGGACCUUAUUUGGUCUUCAUGGCUUCCACCAUCAAUGGUUACGAAGGAACAGGAAGAUCUUUGAGCCUGAAAUUAAUUCAGCAAUUGAGAGACCACUCUAAUACGAUUGUCAGUAAUAACUCUCAGACCCAGGUUGUGUCGAGAGGCAAUAAGAAAUCGACAGAGGAUGAUUUGCAUAUCCGUGGACGCAAUCUGGUUGAAGUCGUUUUAGACGAACCUAUCAGAUAUGCUCCUGGGGAUCCGGUGGAAGCCUGGUUGAACAAGUUGCUCUGUUUGGAUGCAAAACUGACAAAGAAUACCAAAUAUGAGACAAGGGGCUGCCCACACCCUAGCGAAUGCAAUCUUUUCUACAUCAAUAGGGACACGCUAUUCUCUUACGACCCAGUUUCGGAGGCAUUCUUGCAGAAAAUGAUGGCUCUUUUCGUUUCUUCGCACUACAAAAACUCACCAAAUGAUUUGCAGCUUAUGUCUGAUGCUCCUGCUCACCAACUUUAUGCUUUGUUUGGGCCAGAUGUUGGCAAAGACGGUUCCAUUCCAACUCCGUUAUGUGUGGUGCAACUUGCUUUGGAGGGAGAGAUUUCUAAGGAGAGCAUUCGAAGCAGUCUCAAUAGAGGUGUCCGUGCUGGUGGAGACCUCAUACCGUGGUUAAUUAGCCAACAGUUCCAGGACGAUGACUUCGCAUCCCUUUCUGGUGCUAGGGUCGUCAGAGUCGCCACACAUCCUGAUUAUAUGAACAUGGGAUACGGGUCAAGAGCUUUGGAGCUGUUGACAGACUAUUUUGAAGGCAAGUUUGCCAACAUCAGCGAGGCCUCCUCAUUUGAGGAUGACAAAUACUCUCUUAGGAGAUUGACUGACAAUGAGCUGGAAUCAGCGGUUUUACAGCAAGAGGAGAUUAAACCAAGAAAGGAAAACAAAUUGCAACCACUGUUUAUUAAUCUCGCUCACAAAGCACCUUAUUAUUUACAUUACAUGGGUGUUUCUUAUGGGCUGACACCAGACCUCUUCAGGUUCUGGAAAAGGUCUCACUAUCUUCCAGUUUACCUAAGACAAACUGCAAACGAUUUGACUGGCGAGCACACAUGUGUCAUGCUCAAAGUACUCGAGAACCGUGAGGACCAAUGGUUGAAGGAAUAUUCAAAGGAUUUCCACAAAAGAUUUGUGAACCUUUUGGGCUACAACUUCAAUGUUUUACCUUCUGUGCAGGCUUUGAGCGUUCUGGAGUCUUGUGAAAAGCCACCUCAGGAGAACUUCACAAAGGAUGAGCUGGACAAAUUCUUCUCGCCAUUUGACCUCAAGAGACUCGAGUCGUACGCUAACAAUCUAAUCGACUACCACGUUGUGGUGGACCUAUUACCAAUAUUGUCAUAUCUUUACUUCCAGGGCAAAAUCUCUAGAGAGGUGAACUUGUCAAAUGUGCAGGCAGCCAUUUUGUUAGCUAUCGGACUGCAACACAAAGACAUGGACAAAAUUGCCAAAGAACUUUCUAUUGAGGCUAAUCAAGCCAUGGCAAUGUUUGCCAAGAUCAUUCGCAAAGUGUCGACUUAUUUCCGCUCGCUUGUGCAACAGAAAAUAGCAGAGGAGAUGCCUGAAGUGGAGGACGAAACUGUUCGCGAGAUGAAUGGUGAGGAAACCAACGUUGCAGACAUUGAGGAGAUCGAAAGAGAGCUGGUUGAUGAAAUGAACAAGUCCGGGGCUUCAGCGGUGAGCGCUUUGAGAGAAAAACAAAAAGAGCUCAUCAAUUCGCUAAAUCUUGAGAAGUACGCCAUCAACGAACAAGGAUGGGACGCUAACAAAUUAGAGAAAGCUGCCAAGAACAAAGGUGUGGUGAGCGUCAAAUCGGGAAAGAAGCGGAAGACUGGAGAGACGGCUGAACAAAUUUACGAUCAGGAAAUGAAGAAACAGAAAGGGCCUGGUUCAAAGAGAUAA